CAUGGAUGCGACCGGCCACAGCGUCCUCCUCCUCCAGCAGCUGAACAUGCAGCGGGAGUUUGGCUUUCUGUGUGACUGCACAGUUGCUAUUGGAGAUGUUUACUUCAAAGCCCACAGAGCGGUGCUCGCUGCUUUUUCAAACUAUUUUAAGAUGAUAUUUAUCCAUCAGACGAGUGAAUGCAUAAAGAUUCAGCCUACAGACAUCCAGCCUGACAUAUUUAGUUACUUGUUGCAUAUUAUGUACACUGGGAAAGGGCCAAAGCAGACUGUCAGCAAGAGCCGAUUGGAGGAGGGCAUCCGCUUCCUCCACGCGGACCACCUCUCCCAUAUCGCGAUUGAGAUGAACCAAGCCUUCUCCCCAGAGCUGGUCCAGUCUUCAAACUUGUACGGGAUCCAGAUCUCGACCACACACAAACCAGCAAAGGAACGCCUGGGAGCGAAGGAGAGUCUGCCCAAGGCGGGCAGCAGGCCUGCUGCCCAGGGCGAUCACCCCCAGCUGCAGCUCUCCCUGGCCAUCGGCCUGGAUGACAGCUCCCUGGACCAGCAGGUCGCUCGCCCCGCUGCUCAGCCCGCUGCUCUCACUAAGCCGGCAGAAGAGCGGCCGAAACUCUCGGUCUCCAUAAAGCAGGAGAGGUGUGACUCAGAGCCUGUGGUGUCCCAGAGCUGCACCCCUCCUUCUCCAGAGGUAGCGAGCCCCAUCUUUGCGAAGGCCAGCCUCAAGGUGCACUUGUGUCAUUACUGCGGGGAGCGUUUUGACUCCCGGGGUGGGCUGCGGCAGCACUUGCACACCCAUGUCUCGGGCUCGCUGCCGUUCGGCGUGCCGGCCUCCAUCCUUGAGAGCAGCGACCUGGGAGAGGUGCAGCCUUUGGCUGAGGACAGAGAGGCUGGGGAUGGCCACCGGCUCGGGACCUUCCUCCUGAAGGAGGAUGAGCAUCAGCUGGAGCAUCCGAGCUGCAGCGACCUGGAGCCUCUGCAGAUCAGCCAGCUCUCCCUCAUCUCCAAGGACCACGAACCGGUGGAGUUGAACUGUAACUUCUCUUUCUCAAGAAAGAGAAAAAUCAGUUGCACUGUUUGCGGCCGCACGUUUUUCCGGAAGAGCCAGCUGCUCGAGCACAUGUACACACACAGGGGGAAACAGCACAAAUACAGCCGCUGCCAGCAGCUGGAGAGCCCUGCGACCCCCAGGUUUCAUCCUUACUGUAACAGCGAGAGUGUGGGGAAGAGUUCCAGUUUACCUCAAGACCACUUAGAUGAAUGUAUACUGGAGUCAGAUCUCAUCCAAGAGAGCGUUGAUACGAUCCUGGUAGAGUAA